UUUGAGUGCCUUUUCUCUAGCAUGCCGCUGUUCAUUAGUAACAUGAAGGCCGGUCAUGCUCAAAGAAAAGCUGAGCCUCAGCUAUCUGUCUCUAGUUUCGUCUCAUCCGCUCGGUCUUCCGACACAUUAACAAAAAAUAGUCAUACCGUCAUCUCGUACAGUACCGAAAUAGUAGGCAAGUUCCAGGAGUUGAAGGAGUUAUCACAUCCAAACCUCUGCCAGUACAUCGACAUCGCAGUGGGCAAACAGAACCGAUUAUUUUUUGUACAGGAAUCGUAUGAUGAGUCUAUGGAUCUUCGAAAACUCAACUUUAGCAAAAAAAAUAUCGAUGAAAAACUAAGUCAGCUCCGAAUAUGGACACAGCAAAUUCUCAGUGCACUCAGCUAUUUGGAAAAACAUGGCAUUGAACAUGAAACACUACACCCUCGAAACAUUCUCUUGGACGAAAAGAACAAUAUCAAGUUAUACGAUUACGGACUGGGACAUAUGACUAAUUACGGAAAAAACAUCGACUUUCCGUUACAAUACCCUAAUUACACUCCUCCUGAGCGAAUCCUAACGACGCAAGAUACACGCCCCAAUUCCAAGGCUACCUUAUGGUCACUGGGCAUCAUUUUAUGUGAAAUUCUAUACGCAACAUCUUUUUGGAAGACUACCGAUCUAGGCUUGAUUUUCGAUUCAAUUUCGGGCAUUAGACAAUGGUCAAUCGAUAGCCCAGAUGCGCAAUUUUGGAAUCAUGAAGAGGCAACCCAUUUGGAUAUCAAUAUGACUAUCCUAGAUUUUCUUCACCUUUGUGAGAAUCGUACGAACAAUGAGGACAAGGAAAAAUCAGAUACCAUUGAAAUGAUGAAUCUAAUUAUUUGGCUUGUGAACGGUAAUCCGAGAAAUAGACCAACCAUUGAUGAAGCGAUUGCAAUUAUUGGUGAACCGGUGCGUGACGAUGUACCUAAAUGGCAAGCUGGACCUAUAAUACGAUCGCUCGACGUAGAACUGGAGGAGGAUAUAAAGAAAGAGGAUACUGCUCACAGGGAGGGUUUGGUACCUCUAGCCGAAAUGCCUUUACAACAUGUAUAUUACCUAUGGAAGUUAGCGGGUGGAGAUGUUGAGCUGGAAAUGACAAGAGUUGGACUUCUUCUUGCCACACCAGUUAUUGAACUGUUGCCGCGGAUCUGCCGUGUGCAGGAUGGGAAGGAAUCAGGAUCUUCUGGUCAGGAUACUGCUCAUCUAUACUCAAGUGCUGCCAGCAUUUUACGUUUGGACGAAUUACACCUUAGACUAGACAGUACCAGCCAGGUCGAUAGAGACAUGUUUGAAUGGGACACCAAUUAUUUUAUGGUCGUGGACGAAAAGGACGUCAACUUUUUGAUCGAGGAAACAGGCGAAGACGCACAGAUGAUAAGUCCUGAUCAAGAAGAAGAGGACUUCAUAUUCGUCGAAAUAGGGGACACUGCUUCCGUUGGACGGCCUCGACUGGGAAGCGGGCAGUCUUUUGCUUCGUCUCCAGGGUCGACACCCAAUAUUAUGGACAAUGUUUAUCCUGCCUCCACCGCAUCAACUCCGAGCAUCCGGUCUAAUCCAUCUUUCACCAAUUCAAACCAAAUACCGAAAUUGCCGUUAAUCCAAAGAGAAAAGGCUCCUCUCUAUCAAUUCCACCGUGUAAACCUGUUUACAUCGCUACUCAACCAAUACCCAGCAUCAAGGAAUGAAAUCAUAUACCAUGCAAAAGUUGACAUUCCUCCCAUACUUCGUGAUCGGGUGUGGGCUGCCAUCUUAGGAGUAGACAGCGACUAUCAAGAAGUUUAUGCACGUAUCGACAAAAUUACAGACUUUGGAACUGAUAGACAGAUAGAAGUUGAUGUCCCUCGCUGCCAUCAAUACAAUCCACUAUUAGCGUCAUCCACUGGCCACGCCAAGCUUCGUCGACUCCUCAAGGCGUGGGUGGCGGAUAAUAAGGAGUUGGUGUAUUGGCAAGGAUUGGAUUCAUUGUUUGCGCCAUUCCUAGUGCUCAACUUCAACGACGAGGCUUUAGCGUUUGCUUGCGUUGAAAAGUUCAUUCCCAAAUUCCUCAAAAAUUUCUUUUUGAUGGAUAACGCCCCGGUAUUGCAAGAAUAUCUCACCAUUUUCCGCCACAUAUUGAGUUUUCAUGAUCCCGAACUGUCUGUCCAUUUAGAUCUCAUUGGCUUUAUGCCUGAUCUUUAUGCAAUCCCUUGGUUCUUGACUUUGUUCACCCAUGUAUUCCCGUUGGAUAAGAUAUAUCACUUGUGGGACAAGCUUCUUGUUGGACCAUCUUCCAUUCCUUUAUUCGCAGGCGUGGCUAUCCUUCGACAAAUUAGGGAUGUCCUGCUAGCUUCCGAGUUCAAUGACUGCAUCACUCUGUUUUCGGAAAGCUUUCCUGAAGUAGAUAUUGAAAAAUGCAUCUUGAGCGCUAUGACCAUGUGCAAAGUCACGCCUAGUAGUGUACUGCGUCGGAAUUAUCGCCCCGACCUUGAAGAGCCACAGACUAUUCCUUCGGAUUUGCCUAGUGUUGAAGUGAGGAAAUCUGAGAUCGCGCCCAGGUUGUCCUUAUCGGACUACUUGAAGAUCAUGCCGUUUGGCCUUGGGUUAGAUGUUCGAACUAAUGCUCAGUUUAAAAAAGGACAUAUGCCUUCGUCUAUGAAUGUACAACCACAACAGUUGACGACCUUCGCUCCGAUCCUGAAAAAACUUAACAAGAAGUACCAUACGGUCAUUGCCGACGAUGAUUCAUUAGGCUCUGAGGUGGCUACUGAACUGGUUAAAAACGGAUUUUCAAGAGUCAGUAUGCUCCAGGGUGGGAUACAUGCUGUUGACAGCUCCCAGCAAGUCGACAUGUGUACAUGCCGUCCCCAGAAGCAAACCACAACUAACUACAAAAGCAAAGGAUUCGAUCCACCUUUUGUCAUUUUAAGAUGCAAAAACACAAAUUUAACCCAAAAUCAUUGAAAAUCACAGUCUCCAAUGUAGCAAAUAAAUAAUGUAAUAUAAAGAUUGGAGAUUAACUAAGAGAAAGCUCAUGCGCUAGGAUGAGUAAACUUGUCAGUUAUCAUGGAGAUAUAGAAAUAAUAGUAGCGUAAUAAGCUUCCCCGAUAUGGA